GGUUAUCAUCAGCACACACGGCUCAGCAAUCUGAUGCACAUCAGUCCGAAAGGGCCAAUUGCUGCGUGCGAGGGCCAUGGUCAUUAUGACAUUGGCCGGGCCUCUGGAGCCGUCGGACAUUAGCGGCCCGCUGCUGUGCCGGGAAUGGCUCAUCAAUGACCAGUCGGAAUUGUACUUGCCGGAGCACGGAGAUUUACCAGUAGAGCUCGGCUGCCUGGCAAAGGUGCGCCGGUGGCCUUUGUCCUCAUUGCAAAAUCUUCACCUCAACAAGGAGGACGCGGCCCGCGAGGUCGCCCACCUCGGCCGCAAUGCCCUGGUCGCCGUGACAACUCCGAGCAAUUUCCGAAGGCCGGGUGCUUUGGCUGCUUUGCAGCAGGUCGCGGCUGAAGCCAAGAUUCACAUUGUCGUUGGCACCUUGCCCCCAGUAGAGGUGGACUUUGAGACCCAGAUUUCUGCAGUGCUCUCGGACUUGGCAUGCGGUUUCCCAAGCGCUGCCUCGACAGACGCCAAGAACCUGUGGCCUGGGUUUGUGGGGGAAGUCUCCGGCUUGGACCUGGCGCAGUUAGCCGUGGCGUUUGAGGCUCAGCGGCGGCAAGGGGUUCCAGUGCUUGUGGCCGGCGCCGUGAGCCGCGGAAUCUUGAACUUCCCCGUCGUAUGGAGGCACUGCGCGUUUUUCGACGUGCCGACCGACAGCCCUAUGGCCCUGAAAGAGCUGCAGGAAUUUGGCGCCUUCGUGGGUUUCUCUGCGGGCACGGAUGUCGCGUGGCAGGACUAUCCUGGCCGACGGCCGCUGAGGACUGAGCCAGACUUUGUGGAAGCUGUGAAAGCUUGUGGCGUGAAUGCCCUCAUCAGCUCGGGCUUGCGGUUCCGGACUGACCUCACAGCCUUCGGCGGGCCAGGUUUGGCCCAUGCUUUAGACCUUCUGAAGCAUGCAGGUGUGUCGACGGAGAACGUGUGGGCGAACGCGCUUUCGUUUCUCAGCUUUCCCUGGGUGGCUCCUGCAAAACCAGAGAAGGUGACACGCCAGAUUGAGUGCCAUUGGUGCGGAACAAGGAAAAUGGAAGGUGAACACUUCAGUAAAAUGGGUUUUGACUAUUGCUCGCCAAGUUGUAUAGCCAAGCAUCGGCGAGCGGAAUUCGAUCCUACCAAGGUUCGAUCCUACCAAGGUUGAAAUGACGUGUUUGCU